AGCCGUGUAGUAUCUGUUUCAGAAAAUCCAGUAAAGGGACGAUUUAAGAUUGAGAUGCCAAAGCCACAGGAGACGCCGAAUCUGAACUUGGAUGAUAAAUGUAAAAUCAAGUAUGUUUUACAUGAAAAAUUGUUAACAAAUGACUCGGAAGAGAUCGAGAUCGCUGCCAGGGAUUUGGAGGUUCUCGAAGAAUUGGGUAAAGGUGGCUAUGGAGUAGUUGAUAAGAUGAGACAUCGGCAAUCCGGUAUCAUCAUGGCAGUUAAGCGGAUCUCAUCUUCUAUCAAUGAUGAAUCUCAAAAGCGGAUGUUGACCGAACUGGAUGCAUGCAAGAGGAGUGAUUGUUGUCCUCAGAUGGUGCGGUUUUACGGUGCUAUGUUCCGUGAAGGAGAUGUAUGGAUUUGUAUGGAAGUUAUGGAUACAUCUUUAGACAAAUUCUACAAGAAAUGUUUUGCCCUUGGUCGUAAACUACCAGAGCCCUUCAUCGCCAAGGUUACACUGUCGGUUGUGGAAGGUCUAAACUUUAUGAAAGAGGAAAUGAACCUGAUUCAUCGAGACGUGAAACCUUCGAAUAUAUUGCUAAAUCGACAUGGGCAAGUAAAGAUCUGCGACUUUGGGAUUUCGGGACAUCUUACGAAUAGUCUUGCCAAGACAGUCGCUGCUGGUUGUAAAUUUUAUAUGCCUCCGGAACGAAUUGAGGGGGAUAUGAAGGACUCAUACGACGUCAGAGCGGACGUGUGGAGCCUUGGCAUAACACUGGUCGAAAUCGCUACUGGUAAUUAUCCAUACCAUACUUGGGUAAAUGUUUUUCAACAGCUUAGUCAGGUUGUCAACGAACCAGCUCCUCGAUUGCCUUCUGACGGCUCAUUCUCCGCUGACUGCCAGUAUUUUGUUAAACGCUGCUUGGAGAAGGAUCCGCAUGAACGCCCAAAAUAUCCUGAACUUAUGGCCAUGCCCUUUCUCAAUAGUGCUAGAGAUGAAAAGCAAUUCAGCAUGGCAAAGUUCAUUGUCGAGGUGAGAAACAACGAGGUGUUUUAUCUUAAGGAGCACAUCUCACUUUGA